AUGGCUAUCUGCUAUGGGGUCAAGCCGGUCAGUGCAUACAACACUGAACAACUGAGCAACAGGUCCAGAUAUAUAGCGAGGAGCUGUAAGGAAACAGAUGGGUUGUACUUCCUGACCACUGCUAAUGGCAUGGUCUAUCAGACUUUCUGUGAUAUGACCACUGCGGGAGGUGGCUGGAUGCUGGUGGCGAGCGUUCAUGAGAACAGCAUCUAUGGUCGGGCACACUGCACAGUGGGUGAUCGCUGGUCGAGCCAACAGGGUAACAAUGCUGACCUUCCAGAUGGAAACAGAAACUGGUCCAAUAGAAACAUCUUUGGAGCAGCAGAGAGCGCCACCUCAGAUGAUUUUAAGAAUCCAGGCUACUAUGAUAUCAUGUCAGAAGACAUGUCUGUGUAGCACGUUCCCAACAACUUCCCCUGGAACCUGGCAGCCUUCCUCUGUUACCACACUGAGAACCACUUCCUCCGCCUCUAUGGAGGAAACCUCUAUCAGAUCUUCUCGGUAUCACUUCCAGUGAGAUACAAGGUUGGGUCCCCCAGCAACAGAGGGCCAGCUAUUCCCAUUAUGUAUGACCAUGGAGACAAAGAGUCCACCAAAAUGUUAUAUGGACCCUGUUCAAGAGGGGAGUUUGAACCAGGUUUCAUCACAUUCAGAGCAAUAAACAAUAAUCAAGCAGCCAUGGCUAUCUGCUAUGGGGUCAAGCCGGUCAGUGGAUACAACACUGAACAUUACUGUAUAGGAGGAGGGGGCUAUUUCGCCCCUGAUCAGUGUGGGGACUUGGGAAGGGAGCAAGGCUGGAGCACGUCCAAAGAAAUGACAGAGGCUGCUGUUUUACUUUUCUACCGCUGA